GCUCGGCCUGCAACGCCGCCCGCAAUCCGCCUGACCUCUGCUCGCUCGACCUGCAACACCGCCGCCACCCGCAUUCCGCCUGACCUCGGCUCCCUCCGCCUGCUUCGUCGCCGCCGCCGCCACUGCGUAGCCGGCCUUGCCCGCCCUCCUCCUCUCCUCCGUCGUCCUACGUAGCCGGCGCCGCCCACCCGCCCUCCUCCUCGGCACGACCUCCCUGCACAGCCGGUGCCGCCAGCCCGCCCUCCUCCUCCCCUCGCCGGGGACACGCCACCAACAAGCCAGUACAAGCUAGAGAAGUCCCUUGCCCCUCGCCCGGGCUCGUCGCUCCCGCCAUUGCGUGUGGCGAAGCUGGUGGUGCUGGUGCGGCACGGGCGGUGGCAGAGCACGUGGAAUGCGGAGGGCCGCAUCUAGGGGAGCUUUGACAUAUCCGUGCUCAUGGCCAAGGGCGAGUAUCAGGCCGAGACCUCCCGCCAGAUGCUCCUCUCUGACUCCUUUGAGGCCUGCUUCACCAGCCCGCUCGCGCGCUCCCGCCGCACCGCCGAGAUCAUCUGGGAAGGGCGUGACGACGACCUCAUCUCGGACUCCGACCUCCGCGAGAUCGAUCUGAUUUUUGCAUACCGAUACUGUGUAAUCUGUUCAAUGCUGGCAGGGUGUUUGUGGGAAUGCUUGCCCAAAUUCAGUUCUACUAACCUGUUGGUUCCUAAUCAGUUGCUUGUGGAAAUGCCUAAAUGUGAUGAGCAGCUGGUGAUUCUGAUUUCCAAGGAUUGCUGAAGAAUGAAGGGAAGGAGAGAUACAGGGUACUGUACAAGGAGUGGCAGAAGAGUGCGUCCAACUUCAGCAUUGACGGGUAUUACCCAGUGCUGUGAGCUAUGGGACCGUGCACAGAGCUGCUGGGAGAGGAUUCUACAAGGGCAAGGUCCCGUCCAAGCUCAGGACUUGAGGGAUUCACUGGCUGAAGCAAAGUCGGACAUUGUUGUCAAGCUUGAUCAGGAGCACUACAUACAGACAUAUAUUUCUUGUGGUUUCAAAUAUCAAAGGUAUUCAAUUUGAGACCAACUGUGAAGCUGGUAUUUUCUCCAUGCUGUGUGGUUGCAAUUAGAGGCUCAGAGAAGUUGUACAGGUCAGUAUUACUUAUCAAUGGUACUAUAGUAGAUAUUUGAGCAGUUCAAAAUCCAAAAUAGUAUCUCAUGUUAAAUCUCCUAGCUGAUUGUGGUGUGGAUGCCUUAUUUUCUCAUAAUGCAGGAUGUAGCUGUGAUGUUAAGAACAUUUCUGUUGCUUUUUCUAUUUUAUUUUUUUUUGCUGAGAGCCAUAACCUAUAGACAAGUGAGUCUUGCUAUAUUUGUCAGCUAUAAAUGUCACUUAAACCUCUAUUGGUCCUGAUGAUUUCUCCCAAAGGAGGAGGUUGUCAGUUUUUUGAAUAAUGUUUUGACUUGUGUCUGUCACAGUAAAGAUAUACCACCUUCUCUCCAGUCAAGCAAUGGUACUUUAACAGUGGUUUUCAAUAACGGAUGAUAUGAUUUGUCUCAUGAACAAUCAAUUGUUUCAUGACGUCAUUGACAUAGGCAUGUUAGAACAUUAUGUUGAUAAAUACAAUGAUUUUUAUUGAGAUUUUGAUCAA